ACCGAAAAUGAGUCUUGAGCUGAAGUGAUGGCUAGUUUGCAAAUGAAUGCUCUUGGUUGGAACAAUGGAGUCUUCCUGCCGGCGCCGGCGCCGGCGCGGUGGUAUUGGAAUUCCUCAAAACCCUUGUCUUGUAUCAGUUUCAAUUCGUUUGUAGUUAGAAAAAGAUGGGAUUUUGAUGUUAGAAACGCUAGAUUUAGGGUUGCUGGCGCUUUGGCAAAUGGGGAGCUUGAAGCUCGGCCUAGUGCGAUGGAGUUUCUUGGGAAGGAGCUCAAGUUUAGUCCUACGUUUGAUGAUUAUGUGAAAGUCAUGGAAUCUGUGAAGACUGAUAGGAGUAAUAGUGGGAGUGGAGGUGUUGAUGGGUAUCGGCCAGGAAGGAGACCAGCGAAGAGAUACGGCAAAGUGAAGGACUUGAAGGUUUCAGAGAGGAAGAAGAAUGAUGGUAAUGGUGGAAGAAGUAGUGGUGGAUGGGGUUUAGUGGAAGGGAUCUUGGAGAAGAGGAGCAUGAAAAGGAAUGAUGAUGAUUUCAGGGAAAGAAGGAAUUCUCAGUUGGGUUGUGGGACAGAACUUGUGAAAAAAUCUCGUUUUGAGGAUAGAAAGAAUUGCCGAGACGUGAAAUUCAACAAAGUUGUAAGAGGUGGGAAUUCUUUUGAUUCAAGAGGAGUGGAAACAGAUGGUAAAUUUGGAGUAGAACAUUUGAACAAUGAAAGUGGAAGGAGAGUUCAAUUAGAAAAUACUACAAAUUCAGUAAAAGGAAAGGUUUCUAAGGGAAAGAAGGUCAUGAGGAAGUCAGAGGAACUUGUGGCUAAUACUGUGAAUGGUUAUGCAACUGAAGUGGAGAAAAUUGUGUCUAAAGCUGCUGGUGUUUCUCCAAGAUCAGGUAAAGAUGGUCCACGAUCGCGUAUGCUUGCUCGGAGGAGUAUUAAUGAUGAUGAUUUUGAGGACAGAGCUGCUUUCAAGACCUUUGAGGUAUUCACUGAUGUUAACAACAGACCACGGGUUUUGAGAAUGGAACUGGAAGAGAAAAUCGAAAAGCUGGCAAAGUGGUUGAAUGCCACAAAUGUUAAUAUGCCUGAGUGGCAGUUCUCCAAGAUGAUUCACAGUGCAAAAAUUAAAUUUACGGAUCACUCUAUUUUGAGGUUAGUCCAGAUAUUGGGUACGCUAGGGAACUGGAAGCGUGUUUUGCAAGUGGUUGAGUGGCUUCAAUCACGCGAGCGGUUCAAAUCCUAUAAAAGCAGGUAUAUCUACACUAGCGUACUUGAUGUUCUUGGGAAGGCAAGGCGACCGAUUGAGGCCCUGAAUGUUUUUAACACUAUGCGUCAAGAAUUAUCAUCUUAUCCUGACCUGGCGGCAUAUCGUUGUAUUGCUGUGACUCUCGGGCAAGCAGGUCUCAUGAAAGAACUAUUUGAUGUUAUUGACUGCAUGCGAACACUGCCAAAAAAGAAGUUUAACUUGGGUCCUCUCCAGAAGUGGGAUCCACGGUUGGAACCAGACCUUGUGAUAUACAAUGCCGUUUUGAAUGCCUGUGUUCAGCAAAAGCAGUGGGAAGGAGCAUUCUGGGUGUUGCAGCAAUUAAAAAUACGGCACUUAAAGCCUUCAAAUACUACAUAUGGUCUUGUUAUGGAGGUGAUGCUUGCCUGUGGUAAGUAUAACUUGGUGCAUGAGUUUUUCCGGAAAGUGGAGAAGAACUCUAUCCCUAGCGCUUUAAAUUACAAAGUUCUGGUGAAUACUUUAUGGAGGGAAGGGAAAAUAGACGAAGCUGUGUUAGCAGUACAGGACAUGGAAAAUCGUGGGAUAGUUGGUACAGCUAGCCUUUAUUAUGACCUUGCUCGUUGUCUCUGCAGUGCAGGAAGAUGCGACGAAGCUCUGCUUCAGAUUGACAAAAUAUGCAAAGUUGCAAAAAAGCCACUGGUUGUAACAUACACCGGAUUGAUUCAAGCUUGCCUGGACUCCGGAAACAUGGAGACUGGAACAUACAUCUUUAAACAAAUGCAGAAUUUCUGUUCACCAAAUACGGUGACAUUUAACAUCAUGUUGAAAUCAUAUAUAGAACAUGGAAUGCUAGAAGAAGCAAAAGCUUUAUUCAAGAAAAUGCUAGACUUGAGCCAUCAAAUAAGUAGUAAAGCAGAUUCAAGACUGGCUGCCGUUCCUGAUAAAUUUACAUUCAACACAAUGAUAGAAGCAUUUGCUGAGGCAAAACAAUGGGAUGAUUCUGCAAAUACCUACAUGCAAAUGUUGCAUCAUGGCUUUUACUUCGACAAGAAGAGGCACCUACGCUUAGUGCUAGAUGCAUUUAGAGAAGGGAAGACACAGGUCCUAGAGAUAACAUGGGAUCACCUGGUUCGUUCGGGGCGAGUACCACCACCUCCGAUCAUCAAGGAAAGGUUCUGCAUGAAAUUGCGUGACGGUGAAUUCACAGCUGCCAUCUCCUGCAUCGCAGUGACAGAGAUCGACAACACAUUCUCCCAAAAGUCUUGGUUAAGCCUACUACAAAUCAAUGCAAACCGCAUCAAGAAAAACACGGUAAUCAGGUUAGAACAUGAGUUGAAUAACUUUCUUGCAACUACUAAUCAGCCACACCCUGUUCAUCAAAAUCUCUUGAAUGCUUGCCGGGAAUUUCUUUCUUCUGCAACAUAUGUAGAACAUCAAACUCUUUCACAUACUCCACAAUCACAAACAUGCAUUACUUAGAAAUAAUUUCCAUUCUUGACAAUAUUAUUAUUAUUAUUAUAUAACUUUUAUGUUCAGAAAUAUUACAGAAAUAAAAGUAAAACAUGCUCAUGAUUCCUUGCAUAUAUGACAGUGUUUGAUUGGCUAUAGUUUGAUGUCCAAGGAUAGAGUUUGAGCAUGUAUGGGGACAUCUUCUGUUAUUCCCAUGAUGCAUCUUCAAUAGCUUAAGAGAGAAGGUCUAAUUUGUCAUGUGGUCCUUAAGCUUCGUUUUU